CCCCCCGGCUCUCUCUCUCGCUGCGAGUGCGAAGCGUGUGGCGUACGCGGCUGGUGGUGGCGGGGAUGUCGCCGGCGGCGGGGAUGUCGUCGGCGGCGGCGGAGGCUGUGGAAGAGCUCACGAGGCUCUACCGGGAGCUGCCUCCGCGGCCGGCCGUGGAGGAGGUGGAGGCGGCGGCCGCGGUGCUGGCCUCGGCGGACGCGGAGGAGGAGGCGCGCCUCGCCGAGAUCGCAAGGGGGGAUGCGGCGGCGCGGGCGCGGGCAGGGGAGGAGGGGGUGCCCGCCGAGCUCCUCGCCGUGCUGGGGGAAGCCAGGCGCAACGCCGUGCGGCUCCGCGCGCUGCAGCAGCGGAAGGAAGCCGCGCACGUGGUCGAGCUCGAGAGGUGGUUCAAGGUGUUCGACGGCCUCAUCCAGAGGGCCUCGCGGGUGGUGUCCUCCGGUGAAGGAGGCGGUAGCGGCGAAGGCGGGGGUGAUGGUAUGGUCGUCAACGAGGUCGUGGAGGUGGAGGCGGCGGUGGCCGCGGCGGCCGUGGAGAUUGACCGUGGAAGCAAGGGUGGAUUGGGCUUGGAAGCCAAGGCUGUCUCCUCGCUGCGUCGUGCUGGUUCUGCAGCAGGUAGUGGCACGGAAAAGUUGAGCCUUAUCCAAGUGGCAAGCCUUAUAGAGUCAUCAGCGAAGAAAGGGACUACAGAGCUCAAUCUCCGAGGAAAACUGGUAGACCAAAUCGAGUGGCUCCCUGUCUCACUUGGGAAGUUACAAGAUGCUACUGAGCUUGAUCUAUCUGAGAAUAGGAUCAUGGCACUCCCAUCAACAAUCGGUAGCCUUAGAUACUUGACGAAGCUCGACCUCCACUCAAACCAGCUGAUCAAUCUGCCUGAUACGUUUGGGGAACUCUCCAGCUUAAUUGAUCUUGACUUGCAUUCAAACCAGCUUAAGUCUCUUCCUACAUCAUUUGGAAAUCUCACGAGCCUGGCAAAUCUUGACCUGAGCUCGAAUCUGUUGAAGGUCCUUCCUGAUUGCUUAGGAAAGUUGACAAACUUGAGAAGGUUAAUUGUUGAGAUGAACGAGCUUGAGGAGCUACCCUAUACUAUUGGAUCUUGCACUUCUCUUUUGGAGCUUAGAUUAGAUUUCAAUCAGCUAAAAGCCCUUCCAGAAGCUCUUGGGAAGUUGGAAAAUCUGGAAAUCCUCACAUUACACUACAACAAAAUCAAAGGCCUUCCUACAACAAUUGGACAGCUUACCAAACUCAGAGAGCUGGAUGUCAGUUUCAAUGAAGUUGAAGCGAUCCCUGAGAACAUUUGCUUUGCAGCCAGCCUUGUGAAGUUGAAUGUCAGCAGGAACUUUGCUGACUUAAGAGCACUACCAAAAUCAAUAGGGGAACUUGAGAUGCUAGAGGAGCUGGACAUUAGUAGUAACCAGAUAAGAGUACUGCCAGAUUCAUUCAGGUUUCUUCGGAAGCUUCGUGUAUUUCACGCCGAUGAAACUCCACUGGAAGUACCACCAAGAGAAGUUGUGAAAUUAGGGGCUCAGGAGGUGGUUACAUACAUGAAUAGUAUGGUUGCUGCAAGAGGAGCAAGCCACAAGAAAACAGAUGGAAAGAGCUUCUGGGCCUGGCUUCGCUCACUGUUUGGCUGCUGCAAAAAGGACCAAGAAGUGGAAUCGGUUCCAGCUUAGCUGAAGCAUUUUAUCCGUAUUUAUUGUUAUGAAUUGUUUACGGUGUUGGUAUCGAUCCAUUUCUCAGGUUAGCGAUGAAAUGAGAUAUGGAUAAUUACUAGUUGCUCUUCUUGUUGAUUUUAUUUUGGUCCUUAUGUUUGUUAUAAUUGUGUAGCCUUCUUGUAUAUAAGGUUUAUUUCUUGUUCAGCAAGAGCUACUAAGAUAUGUCUGUGUAUAACUUCACCUGUAUGAUACAAUAGUGUCACCUUCUAUUAAAUAAACAUGAUGUCCAAAAUUUCUGUUAAA